UCACUCAGACUCCAUCCCGCCGCGUGCGUUUCUGCAUGCGCUGUUAGGAAGGAGGGACUCGCCUUUACACACACACACACACACACACACGCACACACACACACAGAGAGCGACACCGAGCAUGGAAGAGAAGUGUGAAUUUUGGCUCUCGUCGUCAUGAAGAUGGCCGUGAUAGCGCUGGUGAUUUUUGGGCUUUUCAGCCAGAGCUGCGUCCUCGCUUUCAAAGUGAAUAAACACAAACCAUGGAUUGAGACAUCCUACCAUGGAGUGAUCACCGAGAACAUGGACACUGUCCUGUUGGACCCUCCACUAGUAGCCUUGGACAAAGAUGCUCCCAUCCCCUACGCAGGAGAGAUUUGUGCUUUUAAGAUCCAUGGACAGGACACUCCAUUCAAGGCAGAGGUAUUAAACAAGACUUCAGGGGAAGGAGUAUUGAAAGCAUCUGGUCCCAUUGAUUGCGAGCAACAAAAGGAGUUCACCUUCAUCAUUCAGGCUUAUGACUGUGGGGCAGACGUCUCAGGAGACAGUUGGAAAAAGAGCCACAAAGCAGUGGUCCACAUCCAGGUCGAGGACGUGAAUGAGUUCUCUCCUUUUUUCCAUGAGCCGGUGUACCGGGCCACGGUGACGGAGGGGAAGAUUUAUGACAGCAUUGUGCAAGUGGAGGCCUGGGACCAGGAUUGUUCAGCCCAGUACAGCCAGAUCUGCAACUACGAGAUCAUCACACAAAACACACCUUUUGCCAUUGACCGCAAUGGCAAUAUUCGGAACACGGAACAUUUAAGUUAUGACAAGCAGCAAUACUACGAGAUCAUGGUGAGCGCAUACGACUGCGGCCAAAAGAGGGCGAAAGAGAGCGUGCUUGUCCAAAUCCACGUCAAACCCAUGUGCAAGCCUGGCUGGCAAGGAUGGAGUAAGCAAGUGGACUACGAGCCCGGUUCGGGCAGCAAGCAGCUGUUUCCCAUGAUGCACCUCGAGACGUGUGGCGGCCCCAUGUCCUCGGUGCGAGUCACGGUAGAACUGCAGACCAGCCACAUCGGGAAGGGCUGCGACAGGGAAACCUACUCUGAGAAAUCGCUGCAGAAGCUCUGUGGUGCCGCUUCAGGCAGUGUGGAUCUUCUCCCUGCCCCGAGUGCUUCGGCAAAUUGGACAGCUUCGCUGCUGACAGACAGCGGACGAGACAGUGACCUCGUCUUCCACUUCGAUGGACGGCAGGCGGCCAAUAUUCCAGAACUGGUGGUGCCUCAGAACCUCACUGAACAAUUCACCAUUGCCACAUGGAUGAAGCACGGCCCAAGUCCUGGACUGAGAGGCGAGAAAGAGACACUGCUAUGUAACUCGGACAAGACAGAGAUGAACAGACACCAUUAUUCACUUUAUGUGCACAACUGUCGUCUGGUCUUCUUGCUGCGGAGGGACUUCACGCAGAUGGACACAUUCAGGCCGGCCGAGUUCCACUGGAAGCUGGAGCAGAUCUGUGAUAAAGAGUGGCACUACUACGUGAUCAACGUGGAGUUUCCCGCUGUGACCCUUUUUGUCGAUGGAGUGACCUACGACCCCUACCUAGUAACAGACGAUUGGCCCAUUCACCCCUCGCAGAUUGACGUCCAGCUGACAGUCGGCGCUUGUUGGCAAGGAGGAGAGGUGACGACUCCGCGCUUCACGCAGUACUUCCGCGGAAGUCUCUCGGGACUCACUAUCCGCCCUGGGAAGAUCGAGACUCAGAAGGUCAUCUCCUGUUUACAGGCCUGCAAGGAGGGUCUGGACAUCAACUCCAUGGAGAGUCUGGGGAAAGGCAUCAAGUUCCACUUCAACCCAGCCCAGUCAGUGCUAGUGAUGGAAAGUGAUGAUCUGGAGAACAUUAACACAGCCAUGGCAAAGGUCUCCUACAUUAACUCGAGGCAGUUCCCGACUCCAGGCCUGCGCACACUACAUGUAUCCGCUACCAUUCAAUGUUUCGGUGAGGACUCGUGCAUCUCCAUCCCAAACAUAAAGGCAGUGGUGAUGGUGCUGGUGCCCAGCGAGCCUCAGAUCAGCAUCACAGGCACCGAGCGAGUCACGAUACCCGCAGCUGAGCUCCAAGCCUCCUUUGGGGUGGCACUGUUCAAAGAGAUUCACAUCAUCAGCACGGUCAUCAGGAGCGACGGGACCUUCGGCUUGGGUCACAGACCUGGAAUUCUGGAGGUAAUGCACAACCUUGAUUACUGUGAUGUGUUAGUCAUUGGGGAGGAGCUGAAUCCAGAGCACGAGAGUCUGGAGCUCCAUCACAGCUCUUUACUGGGGAAACAUCUAGACGCCACUAAUUCCACAUCCGGCAUCUCCAUCUAUGGUGUGGACUCCAUGGCAAAUUACGAGCUGGCUAUCCGGCAGGUGAGGUACCGCAACUGGCAACCGGCCAGCCUGUCAGAGAGAAGGUUCAGGCUCAGCUGCUCCGAGCUCAAUGGCCGCUACAUCAGCAACAACUUUAACCUAGAGAUACGAAUAGUUCACAGCGUAGGGUCUGUGGAACAUGUGAAUCAAAUGGCUGUCCAAUCGCAGUACAUGAGACCCAUACAUCAUCCACUGGUCAUCCACACCAACUCCAAAUACAUGUCAGAUACAUCUGCAGCUGCUACAGUAAUGAUAGUGAUGUGUAUCACUGCCCUGGUGGUCAUCAUGGUGCUGGGCAUCUACCGCUUUCAUGCAGUCUAUCUAGAAGGUCUAAAAGAGAAAGAGGAUGAAUGGAAGGAGCCAGAAAUAGCCUUGGAUGACACAACCUUCACCAUUACUGUCAAUCCUAUGGAGAACAUCGAUGGCCGUCAGACUGCUGAGGAUAUGGAGGAGGACUAUCCUGAGAAAGAGGACGAUUACUUUGAAGAGGAGGAUGACGAUGAACUGGCUAGGAAUCUGUCCAGUGCGGAGUCUGAUGAUAGUGAAGAAGAAGAGCACACAAAAGUUGAGAGAGGAAGAGUGAAGGGCAAACUAGUGUGGGACGAGUCCACUUUACCCUAUUAACACCCCUGUCCAACUCAUACACUCAGGAGACAUACACACACACACACACACACAGGAAAAAAAAAAAAAAAAAAAUCAGAAAUUGCUGCCUGAAAAUCUUAUUAGAUUAUUAUCUAACUGAUCCACCCUGAAAUUUUUUUUUGAUAACACUUACCUGAUGUGUUGUUUAAUCCUCUAAUCUGUCUUUAAUGGCCAGCAAUGGAACUGCACCAACAUGCCCUCGCUCAGAUCGAGAGUGUUUACGGAGCUUAAAUAUAAUCAACCCAAGAAAAAAACAAGCCUUGUCCAACAUUUUUGGUGGCAUUACCAGGUAACAUAUAUGUGUGUAGCCUUGCUGGGAGGUUUUAUGGUUUUUCCUGAACAUAUUACACUUCUUAAUGUCUCAACAUGUGCUUAAUGCUUAAUGUUAUUUUCUGUAACAUUAACUUACAAAGCGCUUGAUUUCGUGUGGCAUAAAGUUCACUGAUUAUUCUUUUUUUCUCUAACGAAUAACACUGAAGAAUUUAUUUUUAAGGUAAAACACUUUUUAUUGCAUUUAUUAUAUAGAUCCUCUAACAGAAGUACGUAAAAAUAUAAUUUUUUUUCUUCGUUUCUCCUUUCUGUUAAAUUUCUUUCGAUUUGUGCUCAUAGAAAGGGUGGCAGUAUGAUUUUAUAUGCCUGUAUACUGUAAAUAGAAAGCUGUCAGUCACGUAGAAUGCAUCUCCUCCAUGUCACCUUGUUUUGUGUCCACAUUUGCUUGUUAUAGAAAAAAAAAAGCCUCUCUGAUGAGUAGUGUCUCUCUGACAUCUUUGUCUUUUUUUUCCACAUAAAAAAAAGAGUAGGAAUGGCAAAUAAUGAUGCGUCCCAUUUUCUAUCCUAAAUUUAAAAUUUAAAGAAAAGGAAAAAAGAAAAAAAGAAAAGGAAGUUUGCUAUUUACCCUCUGGCUAAAAGUACCAAUUGUGUAAAAACCCCACUUCAUGUUUAGUAAUGAGUUCUGUGUGCCAUUUAUCCCCAGAGAUAUGCAAGAGAAAAGCCAGGAAAUGUUGUGCGGAGAAAAAAAAAAAAAAAAGUCUUGUGAAGAUGAGGGCUUCGAGCCAUUUUGUCGAUCCAUUAAGAACAUAUGCAUUUGCCGAGGAGGCUUGUUUAACUCUAUAGUAGGAUCAGAAUCAAGAUGGAUGUUAAUGUAGUCAUUCUUCUGUAGCUGGAAAUUGCUUGUUGUUCCUGCUACGUGAUCUAAGCUAGGAAAAGGUCAUUAGCUUCAUUUAUUUCCGCACUGUGUUACAUGUACGUUUUUGUAGCCGUGGUUACCAUUUUCCUCAUCCGCCAUGUUAAUGUAAAACCAUCGCUGUGAGAUACUCAACCACACCCCACUCUUCCGUGUGUUACGUUGUUGUAGAUAUCUUGAAUCGCUCGAUUUUGUUUUUUGUAAAUGUUAUGAAAAGUUAUGCCUUUUCUCUGGUGGUCACUACAGCACUUUCUGUACAUUGACCAAUAAAGACAUUUCUUUAGAAUAAA